GAGCUCAGGUCAGGAGCAGAUAGGACCAUGAGUCUAUGGGGUUUGCAAAGAGGCUUAUUUGGACAGUGGUUCUCUAUGGUAUAAAUGGAGAAGACAGGGCAUGUCUGAACCUGCUGCAGCUGACAAAUUAUUACUGGAAGUGGACCAGUAAUGCGUGAUGUGUGAUUGUGGGAAGAUGGAGGAGUAUGAGAAGUUCUGUGAAAAAAGUCUUGCCAGAAUACAAGAAGCAUCAAUAUCCACAGAGAGCUUUCUCCCUGCUCAGCCUGAAAGUAUCUCACUUAUUCGCUUUCAUGGAGUGGCUAUCCUUUCUCCACUGCUUAACAUUGAGAAAAGAAAGGAAAUGCAACAAGAAAAGCAGAAAGCACUUGAUGUAGAAGCAAGAAAGCAGGUUAACAGGAAGAAAGCUUUACUGACUCGUGUCCAGGAGAUUCUUGACAAUGUUCAGGUUAGAAAAGCACCUAAUGCCAGUGAUUUUGAUCAGUGGGAGAUGGAAACGGUUUACUCUAAUUCAGAAGUCAGAAACUUGAAUGUUCCUGCUACAUUUCCAAAUAGCUUUCCAAGCCAUACUGAACACUCUACUUCAGCAAAGCUUGAUAACAUAGCCGGGAUUUUGCCAUUGGAUAAUGAGGACCAAUGUAAAACUAAUGGAAUAGACUUAGCCAGAGAUUCAGAAGGAUUUAAUUCUCUGAAGCAAUGUGAUGGUUCCAAUAUUAGUCAUGUAGAAAAUGAAGCUUUUCCAAAGACCUCUCUAGCAACCCCACAAGAGACUCUUAUUUCUGAUGGUCUCUUCUCAAUAAAUGAAUCACAGGAUCCACUACUUUUGGCAGAAGUCACCCCAGAUCCCUAUGUAAUGAGUCUUCAGAAUCUGAUGAAAAAGUCAAAGGAAUAUAUAGAAAGAGAACAAUCUAGACGAAGUCUGAGAGGUAGUACAAAGAGAAUUGUUAAUGAGAGUCAUUCAGACAAAGAAAAUGAUGCUGUUAAAGUGGCUGACUGUGUUAAAGAGAAGGCCCAGUUGACAGGCAAACACUGUGUCUCAGUUAUUCCUGACAAACCAAGCCUUAAUAAAUCAAAUGUUCUUCUCCAAGGUGCUUCCACUCAAGCAAGCAGCAUGAGUAUGCCAGUUUUAGCUAGCUUUUCGAAAGUGGACAUACCUGUGCAAACUGGCCAUUCCACUGUUCUAGAACCUAAUUCUGAUUUUAAAGUUAUUCCCGCUUUUGUUACUGAAAAUAAUGUUAUCAAAAGUCUCGCAGAUUCUUAUGCCAAAUUACCUAGUCCGGAGCCAAGUAUGAGUCCUAAAAUGCAUCGAAGGCGUUCCAGGACAUCAUCAGCAUGUCAUAUACUUAUAAAUAACCCAAUAAAUGCCUGUGAAUUAAGCCCUAAAGGAAAAGAACAGGCAAUGGACUUAAUUGUUCAUGAUACUGAUGAAAAAACAAAUGUGCCCGAAAUUGUGCCAAAGUUACCAAUUGAUUUAGCAAGCGUUUGUUCAAGCAAGGCUUAUGUAGGCAAAAAUACAUCUGAAGUCAUAGCAGAUACGGUUUUAGGUAAGUCAAAUCAGGUAUGUCAAUCUUCAGGAAAUUAUUUAGAAAAUAAAGUUACUCAUGGACUUGUUACUGUGGAAGGUCAGUUAACAUCCGAUGAGAGAGGUGCACACAAAAUGAACAGUACCUGUGCUGCGAUGCCAAAGCUGCAUGAACCAUAUGCCAGCAGUCAGUGUAUAGCAAGUCAAAACUUUGGAACUGUGAGUGGACUCAAGCCAGCCAGUAUAUCAGAGAAAAACUGCAGUUUACAAACGGAGCUGAACAAGUCUUAUGAUGUAAAAAAUCCUUCUCCUUUACUGAUGCAAAACCAGAAUAUGCGACAGCAGAUGGACACACCUAUGGUGUCCUGUGGAAAUGAACCAUUUUUGGAUAACAGUUUUGAGAAAGUUAAACGGAGACUUGAUUUAGAUAUUGAUGGUUUGCAAAAAGAAAACUACCCUUAUGUCAUAACAAGUGUAAUAACUGAACAAGGCAGGCAACAUUUGCUAGAAAAAAGAUACACCAAGGGACCUGUGUUCAUUAACAAGAAUAAAAUGUUAGAAACCAGUUCCAAAGAAAGCGAGGAGUUACUAAAAAGCAAGAUGUUAGCUUUUGAAGAAAUGCGGAAGAGACUAGAAGAACAGCACGCUCAGCAGUUAUCACUACUCAUAGCUGAGCAGGAAAGGGAACAGGAAAGAUUGCAAAAGGAAAUAGAAGAGCAGGAGAAAAUGUUAAAAGAGAAGAAGGCAAUGACAGCGGAAGCCUCCGAAUUGGACAUUAACAAUGCAGUGGAGCUAGAAUGGAGAAAAAUAAGUGACUCCAGUCUGCUGGAAACAAUGCUGUCUCAAGCGGACUCACUCCAUACUUCAAAUAGUUCUGGUUUCACAAAUUCUGCCCUGCAAUAUAGCUUUGGUUCUGCAAACGAAACACCAUUCUACCUCUGGGGAUCAUCAGCUGGUGGCUUAACCAAGCUCUCAGUAACAAGGCCUUUUGGAAGAGCCAAAACUAGAUGGUCUCAAGUUUUUAGUCCGGAAGUACAAGCAAAAGUUAGCAAAAUAACUGCAGUGGCAAAAGGAUUUCUUACUCGUAGACUUAUGCAGACAGAUAAGCUGAAGCAACUUCGACAAACUGUAAAAGAUACUAUGGAAUUCAUAAGAAGUUUUCAGUCAGAGGCACCAUUAAAGAGAGGUGUUGUUUCAGCUCAGGAUGCUUCACUUCAGGAAAGAGUGUUAGCUCAGUUGCGAGCUGCCCUGUAUGGUAUUCAUGACAUAUUCUUUGUAAUGGAUGCAGCUGAAAGAAUGUCUAUUCUACAUCAUGAUCGAGAAGUUCGCAAAGAAAAAAUGCUCAGGCAAAUGGAUAAAAUGAAAAGUCCACGAGUGGCACUUUCAGCUGCAACACAGAAGUCUCUUGAUAGGAAGAAAUACAUGAAAGCUGCUGAAAUGGGAAUGCCAAAUAAGAAAUUUCUGGUUAAACAAAAUCCUUCUGAAACAAGAGUCCUUCAGCCAAACCAAGGACAGAAUGCACCUGUUCAUAGGCUACUUAGUAGACAAGGAACCCCUAAGACAUCAGUGAAGGGGGCUGCAAAUAGACAGAAGCCUUCACAGAGCAGAGUGCCUAACAGACUGCCUGUUUCAGGAGUAUAUGCAGGAAAAAUCCAAAGAAAGCAGCCAAAUGUUGCGACAAUUUAAGAAGACAACAUUCAUUAGGAUAAAACGGGGGAGGAUUAUUAUCCAUGUUAUUUUCCCUGCCCAAGACUUUAUUUAACCCUGGACUCUGUUUACACAGACAAAGUGACGUCAGAAGGCUGAGCACUUAUC